AUGUGUCGCUGGUUCGCUUACCUGGGCGAUGAGGCCCAGCUGCUCGAAGAUUUGGUCAUUCGGCCGCGCCACGCCAUCGUGAAGCAAGUGGACGAACACUUCCUUCCGGCUGGCCAUUCUACGGUCGAACCGUUUCUUGGGGAACUUCAAGUCGCCCCCUUGGCGGCCAAUGAUGCCGGCUCACCGAAUCCAUUAACAAACAUGGACGGAUUCGGCCUCGGGUGGUAUACCUCGUGUGAGUGCGAGUUCAAUCCGUACAUUGACCCCAAGUGGCCCGAGUCUCUUCGCCCAGUAGUGUACAAAAACACUCGACCUCCGCUCAACGAUUUGGUCCUCAAGAGCAUCGUCCGAGGGACCAGCAGCAAUGCCGUUCUCGCCCAUAUCCGCGCAGCGCCGGGCCUGACGCCAGUCGUAGAGACCAACUGUCACCCCUUUGCUUUUGGUCGUCACCUGUUCGCCCACAAUGGCAUUCUUGGGUCGUUUCCACGGAUUCGUACGGCAAUUUUGCAGUAUCUUCCAUUGAGAUACCAGCAGGCCAUUGUGGGGACCACAGAUGCCGAGCACAUGGCGGCCGUGUACUUUUUCAUCCUGUGUGGCAAGGAUGGCGACUGGGAGUCCGUUUAUGAUGCUGGAGAAAUGGCCACGGCGAUGCGGGAGACGAUUAUCAUCCUCGAGAAGUUGCAGACCGAGUUUGGGCCGCCAAGCCGAGAGGCCAACACACUCAACCUUGUUGUCAUGUCGGGCAGCUCGCUUGUCGCUUUACGGUACGCCAGUCCGGAGGGACUGGAACCGCCGAGUUUGUACUACUCGACGACGGCUGGAGCAACCCUGAACCGCAAGUACAAGGGAUUUCCGAGCGACGAGAGUGACUCGGCCGACGGGGCUAACAGGGAUGCUGAGGACGACGGGCGGCUAGAGAAGAAGAAGCAUGGCGAGCACGUUGUGGUAGCCAGCGAGCCCAGCACCUUCAAUCAGAGUGAGUGGGAGCUUAUCAAACCAUCUCAGAUGGUUGUGUCUGAAUUGAAUACCGGUGCUUAUCUUGAGCUUCUGUAG